UUCCUUCAUUCACAGAGAAGCCUCUGAGCCGAAGCCCUUCUUCUCCCUGGAUGGACCCUCAGAGCCAUUAAGCUGACAGCCCUGGAUGGGAACCGAAGAUCUGCAGUGCUGUGGGGGGGAAGCUGCCAUGAACUUUAGCCGGACUUGAGGAGCUUCCAGAGUGUGAAGGAAGGACUCAGAGCUCGGAGAGAAGGAUCCAGAAGGUGUCGCGUGAAAGGAGACAGGACUGAUUUAAAAAUUGCCUCCAGUUUUUUAGGCUUUCGGCCCUGGACCAUGAUGAGUUCAGACGUGCGUGACCUGAACUCCCUGCUGCCCUCGGUCCCGCCGGGUCCCAGUCCCGGCUGCACAGCGCUGCCAGUUAGCACGGCCCCUCAGUGGGCUCCCGUCCUGGACUUCCACACCGCCGCCUCCCCUUACCCCUCCCUUGCUGCUCCCCACUCCUCUCUGGGGCCCCACUCCUUUAUCAAACAGGAGCCCAGCUGGGGAGCCACAGGGGACCCCCACCACCACGACACAGACCCUCACUGCGGUCUCAGCGCCUUCACUGUGCAUUUCUCGGGUCAGUUCACGGGCACCGGGGCCUGCAGGUAUGGGGCAGCGUUUGGGGCGCCUCCUCCUGCUCCGGCGGCACCCAGCCAGCCUCCGCCUGUGGCGGCUCCCCACCACCACCAGCCCCCCAGCAGGAUGUUCAGCAACCCGUCGUACCUGAGCAGCUGCAUGGACACCCAGCCAGCGGCCCGAAACCAGACAGGUUACAGCACGGUGGCGUUCGACGGGGCCGGUAAUUACGGACACACUCCUACGCACCACAGCUCGCAGUUCUCCGGCCACUCCUUCAAGCACGAAGACGCCCUAAGCCAGCCGAACACAAUGGGUGAGCAGCAGUAUCCCGUACCGCCUCCCGUUUAUGGCUGUCACACACCGUCGGACAGCUGCACGAGCAGCCAGGCUCUGCUGCUGAGGAACCCCUACAACAGCGGUGACAAUUUAUAUCAAAUGACCUCUCAGUUGGAGUGUGUGGCAUGGAACCCUGUCAAUACACUGGCAUCCACCAUUAAGAGCCAUGCGCCGGGCUACGACAACGACCCCAGCACCCCGAUGGUGUACAGCUGCAGCACACAGUACCGCAUACACACACAUGGAGUCUUCAGGGGCAUUCAGGACAUGCGGCGGGUUCCCAGCAUCGCUCCAGCCAUUGUUCGAUCAGACACCAGUGAAAAGCGCCCGUUCAUGUGUACUUAUCCCGGAUGCAACAAGCGCUACUUCAAACUGUCGCAUCUGCAGAUGCACGACCGCAAACACACAGGGGAGAAACCCUACCGGUGUGACUUCACAGACUGCGGCCGCAGUUUUUCCCGCUCUGAUCAGCUGAAGAGACACCAGAGGAGGCACACAGGAGUUAGACCAUUCGAAUGCGAGACGUGUCAGAGAAAGUUCUCUCGGUCUGACCACCUUAAGACACACACACGGACUCAUACAGGUAAAACAAGUGAGAAGCCGUUUCACUGUCGGUGGCCGAACUGUCAGAAGAAGUUCGCCCGCAGCGAUGAGUUGGUGCGGCACCACAACAUGCACCAGAGGAACCUCAGCAAGCUCCAGCUUUCCAUCUGAGCCGCAGUUCUAAACAUGCGGCUUACUCCUGAUGCGAAAGUAAAAAUGCUGAGUGUCUGCAGAGUCAUGUUAAAGAGUUACAAUUUUAGAUUUCCAAAAAAACUGUCUUACAGUUUCAGAGUAUCAACAAAACUGUCUGCAGGCAAAAGUCCUGGCUUUUCCAUGUAUAUGUCAUGUAGAUAGGAGUACGGCGAGGUUUGAAAUUUUGUUUGGACUUACAGUACUGUGCAAAGUUCUUCAACCAUCCAGAAUUUCUUUAUACUCUUCCUGCAGCCUGUGGUAUUUGCUUGGACUCUUUUAAGGUUUUACAGAUUAUUAUUUCUCAAGGAUUUUCGAAGGUGUUUUUUAAGUUUUAUUCUGUUACUUUUGGUUGACUUUUCUAAAGGCAACUCAAGAUUUUUCCAUCCCCGAAGGUUUUUAAAAAAAAAAAAGAAAAGAAAAGAAAAAAAGGUGAGAAAUAACCACAAACACUGCUUGACUGGUUCUGUUGCUCGCUUAGCUCUUUUUGUUUCUGCUGCCGAAAACAUGAACUAUGUCACCAUAGAACCGGUUCUGCGUUAACAGCGAGUCUUUACUAGUCUAGAUGUAAUAACUGUGACAACUUUGUUUAAAAUGUUGGUUUAAAUGUUAAUCGAUGCACUGAUCUUGGGACAUAAGAAACUUGUUUGUUCUGUAUUUCCCGUCACAUAGUGACAGCAGGUCAAGCCAGAGCACAGAGUUGGGCUGCUAGUUUUAUUUAAAGCAGUGGUCUGCAACCAAAAGGUUCUGGAGCCAUUUCUGCCAUUUUCCAUUAUAGCUAAAAACCUCAAUGAUUAGUUGACCUAAUGUUAGUUACUAACAUAUUAUAUCUAUGGUCUUAAACAUAGAUAUAAUUAAAAAAUGCAGGUUUAAAGAGUUUUUCUAGUUUUUAUGGAAUAAUUUGACAGAAAGUACUAGUAAUAUUUGUAGAUGUUUUUUGUUAUUAGGUUGAAAACUGUUUUUUUUAACACAUAAAAUGUUUCAGAAAUGUCAAAGUCCUAUUGAAGAAAAUGUAUCCAUCACCUUUUUACAAAAGUUGUAAAAAGAUGAAAAAAGAUGUAAAUUAUGGGAAAAUUCCUAUAGUAGACGUUUAUCAAAAGCUAUAUAUGUUGUUCUUUCUGAAAAAUAUGAAAGGCCAAAAACUGGACUCAAAGCAAAAAUUCUUGUUUGGAUUAAAACGUUUGUAGAUCCCUGAUUUGAAGAAAAAAAGGUCUGUAACUUCUCAUUAGAACUAAUUUCACUAAAACUUGGUUUUAAAAAAAAACAUAAUUGUGGAAAUGGAGAGAUUAGCUCAUGUUGGUCGUAUCUGAUCAGAAAGUUGUUUUUUUUAAGUUAAGCUGGGCAUGCAGACAUCCGGAUGCAGGAAAACCGAUAUAAGUAAUGGGGUUUGUGUGGUUAAACUGUCUCCUAUCGCUGCAAUCCUCCACAAUAAUUCAGAAUACAACAGAGAGAGGAUCCAACAUUCACUGUGCUUCUAGUGCUAAACCAGGGCUGGUGCUAGAGCUGUUUCUGUCCUCGCUCCAGAAAAACAGAUGUCAGUAAGUCAGCUGAAACUGUCGGCUGGAAAAACAUCUAGAAGCAGGCUUUUUUUGUUUUCUUCGACAUUAUUAGUUUUUGUUUAUUUUUAUUUUUAUUUUGUUUUGCCUUUGGCACCAACUUCCAAAUUGAAGAAUUUGUAGUGUUAAAAUGAUCAUGAAUCCUCAGCAAACAAUGCGAGUGAACGCACAUUGUUUGCUUCAGCUGCUUCUGUGGGAAAAACCCUCUUCCUCAAAAGCAAUGGUCUUUUCACGCCGGCGUUAUUUUCCACUUUUGCAGUUUUACCUGUUUCGUACCUUUCAGAAUAGAUUCACACUCACCUUAGGGAAGUUAUUUUUACUGCUGAUUUUCAAUCAUUUUCUUUGAGCUGCUUCUAUUCUUCUUCCACGUUACUCCCAUACGGAUGUUUCUCAUUAAUGCUUUGGUUUUAUGGGGCGGUCAUCAUCCAUAGAGAGUAAGAUGAAAUCUUACCAAAAAUACCACACAAUUUAAUUAAAUUAUUCGUCCGAUUUGAGAAUUUUUUAUCAUUUCUAUGACUGAUAAUUUUUGCUAAAUAUUUACCUACAGAAUCUAUUGAACUGAAAUGCAUUGGUUAAAGAAAGUCUCUGAAGUUUUGUUCACAAGUGCAAAUUGGAUAAAUUUGGACAAAAAGGCAAAACAUAUUGAUAGAAAUAAUUGUUCCAAAGACUUCAUAUACACUUGUUUAUUAUUUUUCUGUGAAAAGAAAAGAUCUAAUGGCAGAAAGCACCAACCCUAAAGCUAGACUGUUUCUUCACCUCAAUGAAACUAGUUUGGUUUCAUCAUCAGCUUUGGUUCAAUUGGGGUGAUCCGAAAUCAUCUCGGAUCACUCCAAUUGUCCGAAUUCAUCAAAUUUAUCAGAAAUGGAUCCAAAAAUGUUAACAAACAUUCACAUCAUAUCAUAAAGGGUGUGUGUCCAAGCUCUUCGUUGCAUAGAAAUACAUUUUUCAUAUCUUUGUUUUGGGUUUUUUUUUCUCGACAGGAAACGUAAUACAAGUCUGUCCAUACAUACUUUAUCACAAAGAAAAUUGCUUUUUCAUAGCAUCAUUUUUUUGGGAAAGAUGUUUGAGAAUCUUGAGCCAUUUAGAAUAAACACAAUUCUUUGUGUUUAUUGGGCAAGAUCUUCAUAAAUAUUUUCACCGAGAUGCAAUGAAAAAUGGGAUAAUGUCUUUUGGAGAUGAGGUUGAAGCUUUAUUGUCCAUCUUCUUGGCACCUUUUGGUCGUUUCAGAUAUCUCUGAUGUGGAACUACUUUGUGAACAGUGGUGGUUUUUGAUAUGGGCAACAUGGGCAGUUGCCCAGGGCGUAAUUAGGAGGGAUGGGGGCACCAGAAACCACCGAUGUUUGGGAAGAUUUAUUAUUUAUUGUCUCAUUGUGGACAACGAUUGCUUUCACUGGAAUUAUUUGAAGGUGAAGAGGUCUCACUCUGUCUCUAUGUAAAAAAAAAAAAAAACAUCUUUGCUUUCAGGUUACUCAAGUUACAGUUAGCUUUUAAUUACAAGCAAUUACUUCUUAUCUAGUGUUUUGCAGAUGGAACAUGCAGAAAGAUGCCUCCGAGGUAUUUAUAAAGUGACCUUUUUCAUUUUAAGUAAUGUGAUUAUUUUUUUUCUGUGUCUGUGGUGUGUAAAUGUUACAGAACUUUGGCUGCGUGUUCAGGCUUUAAAAUAUGUCUGCUGGGUCGCACUGGCUCUGCGGCCGAGUCGUUACGGUCGAGAUGUAAAUAAUUCUUCUUCUCCAUGUUAACUGAGCUCUUCCAUGGAGAAAAACAUGUAACUUAAGUGAUUUCUUUUUCGUUAGUUGGAUCCAGGAACUGUUGUAAUGUUCUUCCUCUGAUCUGAGUUACACACAAAAAAAAGCAAAUAUUGUUGAAAUGUUUUGUAUCCAGAAGUGUGAGAUAAUAAACGAAUGCCAUCAGUA